AUGGGCUGCGGCAGCUCCCAGGAAGUCACAGAAGAGCGCCUGGCCUUCCUCGGAAAGGUCGAGCUUUUCAAGCGUCUGCCGCGGGACGAGUUACCAGCACUGGCGCGAUCAGCAGAGGAGGUCUCCUUUGCCAAAGACGAGGCUAUCAUCAACCAGGGCGAGGGAGGUUAUGCGUUCUUCAUCUUGAAGAGGGGCACUGCAGGAGUUACAGUCAAUGACCAUCGAGUUGCCACGCUCAAGGCUGGUGACUAUUUUGGUGAGCAUGCGCUACUCCGCGACACGCCGCGGACCGCCACCAUCAGAGCCACCAGCGAGGUCAAGGCACUGAAGAUCACUCGAGAGGCGUUUGUCAAGCUGGAGCUCCACACGAAGCUGGAGUUUGGAAAGCGAGGUGCCGUUGGUGGAGGCAAGAUGGCAGCCGCGGAGAUUAAAGCUGCUGACCACAAAACGGCGGAUGAGAAGAAGCUGAUCGCUGCGGCCUUGAAGAACAACGCGAACCUGAACACGAUCGCGAAUCUGGAUGAAGAGAAGAUUGGUGCCAUGGUGAAAGUGAUGUGGAAGGAGGAAGUGCCCAAGGGGACGGCGCUGAUCACACAGGGCGACCUGCAGGCGGACUACUUCUACGUGGUCCAGUCGGGCAGCUUUCAGAUUUCCAAGACCGACAGCGGCAGUGCCGAGAAGGUGGCUUCUGCUGCCUUGGGCUCGAUCGAGGCCGGUGGGAGUUUCGGGGAGCUGGCUCUGCUCUACUUCGCGCCCCGAGCUGCCACGAUCACGGCCACGGCGGCUGCUGUCGUUUGGGUCACAGCGCGGCAGCAGUUCAAGGACUUGCUCAUGAAGGCGAAUGAGACAGAGAUUCAGGAGAAUCUCAAGCACGUCGGCCGCUGUGGCAUGUUCGAUCCCCUCAAGGACAGCGAAAAGAAGGAGCUCGCGGCUGCCAUGAACGAGAUGACUUUCAGCAAGGACGAGCUGGUCUUCGAGCAGGGUGAGCGUGGCACACAAUUCUUUGUCCUAGUGGAAGGAGAAGUGAGCGUAAUCAAGGAUGGCAAGGAAGUCACGAAGAUCAAGGCCACACCUGAAAAGGCGCACUACUUCGGCGAGAAAGCGCUGCUAGAGGAUGAGCCUCGUGCGGCUACCAUCAAGGUCUUGUCCACCGUUGCGAAGACUCUCGUGGUUGACAAAGAAUCCUUCGAGAUUCUUCUCGGAUCCCUGCAAGAGCUGACGCGGCGUGGCAAAGACGGCACGGGCUCAGUGAAGAAGCCAGCGGUGGCACCCAGCGCGGCCGCGACCUUCGGUAAAAUCAAGUUCAAGGACUUGAAGAAGCUUGGCCUGCUGGGCUGUGGCGGCUUUGGUGCAGUGGAAAUGGUGGAGCAUCUCAACACAGCCGAGACCUACGCGCUGAAGGCUUUGAGCAAAGGGUAUGUGGUCAAAAGUGGCAUGCAAAGCAGCGUGAUAAGCGAGAAGAACGUGCAGAUCAUGUGCGAUUCCCCCUUCAUUGUCAAGCUGCACGAUGCUCUGCACCAAAUGAUCAGGUCACAAAGCUGUCACAAAGCUGUCACAAAGCUGCACAAAGCUGUCAGCUAA